AUGGAAGAAACGAAGGGUAAUGAAUCUCCUUUGUUAAAAGGAAGAAAAAACUACCAAAUCCGUCCAAUUAGAAAAAAAAAAAAACAAACAGAAAAUUUUGAGAUGUACGGAGGUUUGAGCAGAAAUAAUUUUAUGGUAACUGUAGCUACAAAAAAUAUUAAUGAAGGUCAUGGCGCAACGUUCUCAAAAAUGGAUAGUACGAGUACUUCGACUUCAUUUGGAACUACAUUAAAGACACGAAUGGCUGUAAAAUACAAAAUGAGAAAUGAAAAUGGUUUUGAACUUCGGACAGAAGUAGAAGAAGCUAUUAAAUUAUUAAGGGAUGACUGUGAGAAACAACAUGAUGAAUUAUUGUUAAUACAAGAUUUGAAUGGCGCUACAGAAACUGUAUUUUUCCACAAUAGUAUAGUAAUUGACCAGAGAAGUGAAGUGCAAGACGAUCCAAAACAAUGUGAUGAUGAUAUUGCCGAGACCGGUAUUUCAAGUACUGUUAUGGCCAACCAGAAGCGAUGUGUUGAUGAUGAAAACUACGUACCAAAUGGAAGUAAAUAUGAAGAGAGCGAAGAUGAAUACCUUGAUACGAGUAAACAAAUGGAAAGGAAAAGAUUGGGAAAAGAAAAUUGUGGACCAGAAAACAACGAGGUGUUAGUGGAAAACAUUGAAGAAUAUAUUGAAAUCAAAAGAAAAAGAAGACGAAAACCUGAUACUUUGAUUUGGAAAAGGCAAGAGAGUAAGACUAAACGUGAAAAAGGUGAAACAUAUGAUGGGCUUAGAAAAAAUGAAGAGGGAAAAUGGAUGAUAGAUGUAGCGAAACCACCUCGUCAAAUGAAGCCUUUCUGUAACUGUAAGAUGUCGGAAAAAUCAAAGAAAAUAAAAUGCCGAAAUUUUACAGAAGAAGAUAGACAACAUAUUUUUAAUCAGUUUUGGCAAAACAUGAGUUGGGCUGAAAAGAAAGUUUACAUUUCAAGCCUUGUAGACAACAUGGCUCCAAAAGAUUUGAAGAACAGAACGAAUGAAACUUCAAGACGUUCUAAUACAUUUAAAUGCCAUUUGAAGAAAAAUGGUGUUCGCGAAAGAGUGUGCCAGGUUAUGUUUAUUAAUACUUUAAGCCUGGGAACAUGGUCCUUGCAUAACUGGGCAACUUUAUGUAAGGAUGAUAAUAUGGAUUACCUUGAUAGUGAUGUUAACUUGACACAAACAAAUAGGAUCAACCGUAGACAUGAAACGGAGAAAAUUGAAUUAAAGAACUUUUUUAUGGAAUUACCAAAAUUGGAAUCUCAUUAUUGUAGAGUUUCAUCGAAAGAACUCAAUUUGUCGGAAGGGGAAGAAAUUAUUUUAUACAGUGACGGAUGCACUGCCCAAAAUAAGAACGCCAUUUUGUCAAACGCACUUUUGCAUCUAUCAGUAAGCAAAGGCAUUAUUAUUACUCAGAAAUAUUUGGUAAGUGGUCACACCCAGAUGGAGUGCGAUAGUAUGCACUCUUCAAUUGAGCGAAAAAUCCGUAAUAGAGAAAUUUAUUCGCCUGCCGGGUAUAUUGCUGCUUGCAAAUCCGCUCGUUUAAAUCCAAAGCCAUAUCAAGUUAAAUAUUUAAAUCAUAAAUAUUUUAAAAACUUUUCUGCACUACUUAACAAUUACACUUCAAUUCGUCCUGGCUGUAAAACAGGAGAUCCUACUGUUAAUGAUUUGUGUGCCAUUCAGUACAGACCUGAUGGAAAGCUAUACUACAAAUUGAAUUUUGAUGAUACUUGGAUGGUAUUGGAAAAGAGACAACGAAAGAAAAAUCAAGGGGUUGGAGAUAUAGUUCCUCUGUAUCAGAAUCAACUACCAAUUAAAAAAAGUAAAUACGAUCAUUUACAACAAUUAAAAGAAGUAAUACCAGCGGACUAUCAUCUUUUUUAUGACACACUACCAUUUGAAUUAGACUAG